AGCAGCACCUCCACUGUAAUCUGCGCCAUCAGCAAUGCCAAGAGGGCCCCAGCCAGCGGCCAGCCCCAAGCCCUGCCUCGGUACCCGCUCUGUGAAGUUCCGUCACAUCUCUGUCAGCACAAACAGAAACAGCUGUUGAAGCGUGGGCAAUCCCUCACGGUGCUCGCUGCCACCCUGGGAACUCAAGUGCAGCUCAACUCUAGCCAGCCAGGGGAGCUUACAACUGAGAGGUCUGUCCUACACUGCGCCCAAAGCCACCUCUCAGGCAUGGCUCCCAUUCGGGAUUCCGUCAGCCACUCCCCUAACCAAACAGGUUUGGAACAUGCUGGCCUGGAGCCUCAGUAUGAAAAUUCACCAUGGAGCUCUGGCUCACCUUGCAGCAACUCGAACAGCAACUGGGGAAAAGUUAUUGUAGAUAAGGGACCCUGGCCCUCCAUCACUGGUAGUGACCCAGAGUUAGCCUCAGAAUGUAUGGAUGCUGACUCUGCCUCCAGCUCUGGGUCAGAAAAAAAUCUUAGUAUGAUGGCAUCUGGGAGCACUGGUGGUGACAACAAUGGCAAUAGUUCUCAUUUCAUGGUUGCAAAUGGCAGCAAUAAUGUGGGUAAUGGGAGUGUUAAGGAGCCUUGGGGUGUAUCCAAUGGCUCGAUGCUAAGCACAUGUCAAGGCUCCGGCGAGGGCCCCAGCAGCAAGCUGGCAGAAAGCAGCCAUGGCAAAAUAAAUGCAUGGGGUACCCAAGGUUCCUCAACCAAUGUAGGUAUAAAUCCAAGCACUUUGAACCCAAAUGCCAACCAUGGUGCCUGGCCCGUUCUUCAGAACAAUGGGCCCAACCCCCAUGGGCCUGCGGGGAACGGAAAUGGUGGCACCAACACUCAACAAAGCACCAUAGGUCAAACACCCAGCAUGCAGAGUAUCAACUCUAAGAUGUCCUGGGGAUGCCUGCAGGAAAAUAUGUCUGAAGCUGAAGUCAAUGGUACAAACAAGGUUCCAAGUGGGCAGCCUCAAAACCUUAACACUGAAUUUAAUGGACCAAAUAACACUACUAACACGAUGACCUCUAGUUUACCAAACUCUACAGGUUCAAUGCAGAUGAAUGAACAGCCCCCAGGGCACCGAGCUUGGCCUAUGAGUACAGGGGGCUCCCCUCAGCUCCCUAUAUCUCCAGUCUCUAAUGGCACUUCCAUUUCUCAACAUGGCAACAGUGAGGGAAUCAACAGCGGGUCUUAUGGUACAGCAUGGGGCGUUCCGCCCGGCACUAAUUACUCUGGAGACAAAUGUCCCAUCCCUAAAGGCCAAGCUGUGGGCGACACUGUGAAUGCAACUCUAAUGCAGUCUGGAGCCAAUGGCUCCUCUGUGAGUGCUGCUUCUUUAAAGAAUAAUAAUAAUAAUAACGGAAUGGGCGGUCGUGGAGGAGGUUGGGACUCAGCACCCGCUACCUCACAAAAUAUGUCUUGGGGAGCAGGCAGUGGUGUGGGCCCAGCUGGGAUCCCUCGCCCCUGGGGGAGUGCCUCCUCCUCCUCCUCUUCCUCUUCCUCAUCCUCUUCAAACACUGGCACUAAGGUCUCAAACGGGGAGUGGAACACUUUGCCCAGCAACAGUCAGCAUUCCAAUGAUAGCACGAAUGGGAGCAGGAAGGGAACAAAUGGAUGGAAGUCCUUGGAGGAUGAUGCUCUUGGUAUAGGGAGCUCCGGUCAAGCAUCACAAGGCAGCACAUGGAAUAAAUCUACAGGCAGUGAAGGAAGUGGAGAGAGCUUGGGAGGUCGCAGUGAGAGGGAUGGGCAAUGUGGUGGCAACCGAAGGAGAGGUAAUCAGCAGGGCAUGAUCAAUGCAGCUCUCUCUAAAAUUGACGUGGACCCCAGGGUGCUGUCCAACACGGGGUGGGGACAAACUCCAGUCCACCAGAACACUGCAUGGGAUGUUUCAAGCUCUGAUAAAAAGACAGGAAAUGGACAUACAGGCUGGGGUAGCGCUCCCCCUCAGGCGUCUAACUCAGGUGGUUGGGGAGAUGGACCCAGCACCAACAAAAGUAGCGAUUCUUCAGUGUCUGGGUGGACAGAAACUAAACCUUCAACUGGCUGGGGAGAAACCAAAGGCCCAGUUGGGCAAAGUGGAUGGGAGGAUGCCCCUUCUGUUACAAUGAACAAGGGUGGCUCCUCAUGGAAUGGCACCAAGGAUGAGAAGUCCUCCUCUUGGAAUAAUCCGUCGAAGGCAAAGCAGGGAUGGGGCGGAGAAGGCCCGAAGGGAAACCAUUGGGGAGAGCCCCAGAAGUCUGGUUCAGGAGGCUGGGACAGUGACAGCGACCGCUCUGGAUCGGCCUGGAGUGAGCCGGGGCGUUGCGGGACAAGCAACACCUGGGGAGGCAGCGGAGGCACUAACACUCCUGACCAGAGUGGCCCAACCACAGGAUGGGGAGAGCCACACAAGACCAACAAUCAAAACCAAACCUGGCGCGAGCCAAUCAAAUCAAGCCACGCCAACCCCACCUGGGGCGACAAUACAAAACCGCACAACUCUUCAGAGUGGGGCAAGCCCCAAGAUUCCAGCAUGGGAACGUUCAGGAGUGGGAGCACCUCCCAGACUGGAGCCCCUGGUCAGAACAAGCCUGCAGGAUGGCUGGGAGGCCCGAUGCCUACUGCCUCCAAAGAAGAAGAAUCCACUGGAUGGGAAGAUCCAUCACCAGAAUCCAUCAGGCGUAGAAUGGAGAUCGAUGAUGGUACUUCAGCAUGGGGAGAUCCCAACAAAUAUAUCUGCAGCAACGUAAAUAUGUGGAACAAGAACACUGCUGGAGAGCAGGAUGGCAUGGCUGUUUCUCAGCCCCCUCAAGCCCAAAGCACUAUGGCCCCAAAGGAAAAGAACUGCAGCUCAGGGUGGGGAGAGCCAUAUGGUGGGCCACAAAAAAUUGAGUCCUCUACCUGGGGUGAGCAUGCUGCUCCACCUGUCACUGUGGACAAUGGCACGUCUACUUGGGGAAAGCCUGUUGAUACAGGUUCCAGCUGGGAAGAGCCGGGGAGGCAAAACUCAGGAGGCAGUGGCUGGAGCAAUGCUGCUAUAGGACAGCAGUCACAGCACAAGUCUGGAUCCAAACCUAUGCAAGAUAACUGGGGUGGAGAGGAGAUGUCCAUGACGGGGCACUCCAACUGGGAGGAGGAAGUGGAAGUAGAGAUAGGCAUGUGGAACAACAAUCCAUCACAAGAAGUGAACCAAACUGGAAACUGGCCCUACAAGAAGAUGACUCCAAAGCUGAACAAAGGACCCAACAAGCAAGAUGAUUCUCCAUGGAUGAAUCAGUUUGUGAAACAGUUCAACAACAUGUACCCUAGGGAUUCCGCUGAAGACUCCCUGAAGAGCAAUAAGAUGGAUAUGUCUGGAGGAAUGACAGACAAGCGCAUUGAUGUUGACAAGCAUGUUCUUAAUAUCGGAGAGUAUGGGAAAAAUCCUGCUUCACGCCACCAGAUCCACAAAGACUCUACUAUAGACCGUAACCCCUAUAUGGAUAAGCUUUCACUGCCUGUAUAUGAUAGCUCUGUAACAGAGGAGUCCCAAAACUCACAGAUCACUUCCAUGCAGAAUAUCAGCUUUUCCCCAACAAAUAAGGCACUGCCAAACCAGUGCAGCUUGCCUCACCAUCCAAACUCUGCCUCUGUUAGGCAGAAUGUAAACAUGUACGGUGUCGGUAAUGCAGCAGCACAAGGCAGGAAUGCUCCGCAGCCUCCAGCACAACCUCUGAACUCCGCUCAGUCCAAUCUACGCAACCAAGUGCCUCCUCCACUACUUCCCUCUCAGGUCCCGCCACCCCUGUUGAAGUACUCUCCCAAUAACGGAGGUCUAAACCCUCUGUUUGGCCCACAGCAGGUGGCUAUGUUGAACCAGCUGUCCCAACUCAACCAACUGUCUCAGCUUUCUCAGAUUAAUCAGUUACAGCGUCUCCUUUUGCAGCAAAAAGCGCAAAGCCAGAGGGCCAUGCCUGUUAACAGCCGCCAGCAACAGGAACAGGGUCGUGGUCUGGGUCUGUCUCAGCAGAUGAUCCAGCCUCCCCGCCAUCUCGAUCCCUCCCUGAUGAAGCAGCAGACUUCCCCUCAGCCACCCUCGCUGCACCAGCCCAGCCUCAAGUCCUAUAUGGAGAACUUCAUGACCCCCAAUGCCUCCGACCUGCAGAAAGAACAAAGUUCCCUGAGCUCGUUCAAUAAUUUCCCUUUAGGUGGGUGUCCUCCCCAUCUUAAUGUAGGCCAGACUGACUCUUUGUUGCACCAAGCUGCCAAGCCCAACACGAUGUUUGCCUCUGACAUGUCAGGCUAUCAGCCAGCUGGCAUUAGUCAAAGUCAUAGCCUCCUAGCCCCACCUCUGAGCAAUGGUCACAUGGUGCCAGGCUCUCCCAUCAACCCUCGGGUAGGAAAGAACUUCUGUCCUGACAGCAGCUCUCUGCCAGCAAGAGGUUUGAACUCAAACUUGAAUGUAAGCAACCUCGACAUUGGCAGUGUUGGUUUUAAGGAGCCACAGUCCCGUCUGAAGAAGUGGACUGCCAUGGACAUUUCCGUUAACUCGCCACUUGAUCAAAACCCCAGCAAAUCUGGUGCUAUAACAUCUGGCCUGAGGCUUGAAGACUCACCCUUUGGUCCAUAUGACUUCAUCAAUGCCAGUAACGCUUCCAUCAGUCCUCCUGGCUCUGUGGGAGAUGGCUGGCCCAGCCGUGCCAAAUCACCUCAUGGUUCCACCAAUGUCAACUGGCCACCAGAGUUCCGUCCUGGUGAGCCUUGGAAAGGAUAUCCAAACAUUGAUCCUGAAACUGACCCAUUUGUCACUCCUGGCAGUGUGAUUAAUAAUCUCUCCAUUAAUACAGUCCGGGAUGUUGAUCACCUCAGGGACAGGAACAAUGGGCCAUCCUCAUCACUUACCACCACGCUGCCUUCAAAUAGUGCCUGGACAUCCAUUCGUGCCUCCAACCACAAUAGUUCCCUCAGCAGUACAGCACAAAGCACUUCAGCCAGAAACAGUGACUCCAAAUGGUCUCCUGGUACAGUCACCAACACCUCUUUGGCUCAUGAGCUGUGGAAGGUUCCUCUCCCCUCAAAAGGUAUCUCUGCUCCGUCCCGCCCCCCGCCUGGCCUGACUGGCCAGAAACAGCCCUCAUCUUGGGACAACAGCUCUCUGAGACUGCCAGGCUGGGGUAGCUCUGAAUCCAGAUUCAACUCUGGUUCCAGCUGGGGUGACAGCAGCUCAGGGAGAACUAAUUGGCUUGUUCUCAAAAACCUCACACCUCAGAUUGAUGGCUCCACCUUGCGAACUCUGUGCAUGCAGCACGGUCCACUGAUCACAUUCCAUCUGAACCUUCCCCAUGGCAACGCUGUGGUCUGCUACAGCUCUAAGGAGGAGGCGGCAAAAGCCCAGAAGUCACUGCACAUGUGUGUUUUAGGGAACACUACUAUUCUUGCAGAGUUUGCUAGUGAAGAGGAAAUUAAUCGUUUCUUUGCACAAGGUCAGUCAAUGACUGCCUCUCCCAGCUGGCAGACGUUGGGCUCUUCUCAGAACCGGAUCGGAUCCAUCGAGGGUUCCCACCCCUUCCCAAACCGCACUGAUCCAAAUCACUGGAACGGCAGCGGAGACCUGCACGGCUCGUCUCUCUGGGGCGUUCCCAAUUACUCCACGAGCCUGUGGGGCAGCCCCAGUGGUGGUGAGGGGGGGAGAAUCAACAGUCCCUCCCCCAUCAGCUCCUUCCUUCCGGAGUCCAUGUAGUGCAUCUUUCACCUUCUGACUUAAAAAGAAAAAAAAUGACAAAAAGCAAACAUACAAACAAACCCGUGACCUCAAUGUGGAAAUAGUUAAUCAUAAUCAUAUGACCAUAUUAUAUAUAUAUUAUAUGAAAAAAAAUCAAAUGGCACUAGUUAGACUUCCUUCACUUACAAAAAGAAAAAAAAAAAAAACAAUGCGGGGUCACCCUGUGGAAACAAGUUACGUUUUUUUCUGCACAUAUGUCCACUUUGUUUUAGCCCAAAACAUAUCAGUUUGAAUACUUGAAUUAUGCAGGCCAAUUCUAUAAUGUGAAAGGAUGUAUUUACACUUCCAGGUAGUGCUCUUCAUACAGAAAAAAGCUUCAGUUGAGCUCAUCUGUUUAUUCAUCAUGUUUAUUUGAAUUCCAAUUCUUUUUGUUUUGUUUUUAUUAUUUGCAUUUUGUUUGCUGACAAUGGAGUUUGAGCUUUUUAAACUUUGCACUGAAUGUGGUUUUUCUCAGUAUAAUCUGCAAUAUGGAGGGAGCCGACAGUUCCAGUGUAGUUGUUUACUCAAGGAUGUUCUUAAAGUGUGCGCUCUACUAUGCCUUGAUGUACGCCUACCUUAUUGUAGUAUUGUGGAGUUCGAGAUCAAGAUAUAGAUGCUGACUUGGGAUUAUUUGAUGAUAUUACAGAAAUAAGUAUUGCACCAAUUUUGUUUUAAAACUAAAGAAUUUAGCUCUGCAGUCUAAAAAACUGUAGCCACAGCUGUGACUUGCAAACCCGACCUGCAAGCCAGGGGGAACAGCACUUUCUAAAUAGGCUUUCAAUUUUGUUUUGGAGGCAUCACAUUGUGCCCUCUUGUUUACAAAACGUUUUGAGGGGGAAAGUAUGGUCAUGCUUCCUUUUAUUUUAAAUGG